GGGGCCUGCAUGGGCGCAUGGAAGGGGAAAGCUUCACACUCUUUUUGCAGCAGUUUUCAUUCCUGACGUGUUGAAGUGAUGCACAUUUAUUCUCCCAUCAAGGUUUAGUCGAAGUGUGCUAUUUACAGGUGAAUAUCCAGUGACUCGACACCAGCUGCUGCCGUGCGUAAAAUUAUUUUUUUGGGGACGAUGUUGCAGCUGUGCUUUCUGGUGCUCGCGUGCGCGGCGGCCGUGAGCGCCCAGUUCCCCAGGGAGUGCGUCACCCCGGAGGUGCUCCGGACCGGACAGUGCUGUCCGUCUCCCCCAGGACUGAUUAACGACCCCUGCGGCUCCAGCGCCGGGCGCGGACAGUGCGUGUCCCUGGCGGUGGACGCGCGCCCGCACGGGCCUCAGUACCCGCACGACGGACGGGACGACCGGGAGCGGUGGCCCGCGCGCUACUUCAGCCGCGCGUGUCAGUGUAGCGGGAACUUCAGCGGUUAUAACUGUGGACGCUGCAGACACGGGUGGACCGGAGCCAGCUGUAACCAGAGAGUUCCUGUCGUAAGGAGAAACGUGAUGCAGCUCAGCGCGGCCGAGAAGCGCGCCUUCGUGAACGCGCUGGACCAGGCCAAGCGCACCGUGCACCCGGACCUGGUGAUCGCCACGCGCCACUUCUCCAGCAUCUUCGGGCCCGACGGGAACAGCACGCUGUUCGAGAACAUCACCAUCUACAACCUGUUCGUGUGGACACACUACUACUCCGUCAGCAAGACGUUCCUCGGCGCCGGGCAGCCCAGUUUUGGAGGAGUGGACUUCUCCCACGAGGGCCCCGGGUUCGUGACCUGGCACAGGUACCACCUGCUGCAGCUGGAGAGAGACAUGCAGGACAUGCUGCAGGACCCCUCCUUCGCCCUGCCCUACUGGAACUUCGCCAUCGGCGGAAACACGUGUGACAUCUGCACGGAUGACCUGAUGGGAGCCAGGAGCAGCUUCGACAUGAACUCCCUGAGUUCCAACUCCAUCUUCUCCCAGUGGAGGGUGAUCUGUGAGAGUGUGGAGGACUACGACACUCUGGGAACCAUCUGCAACAGCACUGAGAGUUCUCCCAUCAGAAGAAACCCGGCAGGAAAUGUUAACAGGCCGAUGGUCCAGCGUCUCCCAGAGCCCAAAGACGUAGCAGACUGUCUGCAGGUUAACACAUUUGAUACGCCGCCUUACUACUCCACCUCUUCUGAAAGCUUCAGGAACACCAUCGAAGGCUACAGCGCCCCCCAGGGGAACUACGACCCCGUGGUGAGGAGCCUGCACAACCUGGCCCACUUGUUCCUGAACGGGACGGGAGGACAGACUCACCUCUCCCCCAACGACCCCAUCUUCGUCCUGCUGCACACGUUCACCGACGCCAUAUUUGAUGAAUGGCUGAGGAGGCACAGUCCAGAUUCAGCCGUGUAUCCUGAGGAGAAUGCACCUAUUGGUCACAACAGAGGCUACAACAUGGUUCCCUUCUGGCCUCCAGUGACGAACUCGGAGAUGUUUGUGACUGCGCCCGAAAACCUUGGCUACUCCUACGAAGUUCAAUGGCCCGGUCAACCUUUCACUCUCACGGAAAUCAUCACGAUGGCGAUCGUUGCCGCGCUCGUGGUCGUCGCCGUCAUCUUUGCCGUCACCACGUGUGCGGUGCGUUCCCGGUCGUACAAGAUGGAGGGCCACCAGCCUCUCCUCGUGGAUCAGUACCAGCGCUACGACGACGACAAGAGCCAGUCUGUGGUCUGAGCCCCGCCGGCGUGCCUCCUCU